AUGAGCGGCCGGGCGAACCACGAGGAGGUGGAGCCGCCGGGCCUGGAGCUGGAGGAGGGCAGCUUCUGGCAGCUGCAUCGCCAGCUGGCGGACUGUUAUGUGGCGGACAUUGCCAAGCUGGGCAAACGUGUCAGCGUGUCCAUGCCCCCAUGCUCUCCGCCAGAGAUGCUGUUCGAGCAAGACCGCAGGGAUUCGAUAGACUCCCAUUUUAGGACCUCGAAGAGCAACAAGAAGGACACCUUGAAGCCCCCGUCGCGGGCUCCUUCCAUCGAGAAUCCCAAGUCCAGCGAGACCCCGACCGUUGCCCAGAGGAAGGACCGCACCUUGAAGACGCUGCUGAACGUCCAGGGCCUGCAGCCCACCGCCUCCGAGACCUUCGACCUGCGGGAGCUGGACCUGAAGGUGCACGAGCGCUGGGACGCGGCGCGGGCCAAGCAGCAGAAGCACUUCGCCAAGAAGAGCCUGGAGGACGGCAGGUCCAAGACCCAGGCCAUGCAGCCAGUCAUGACUGUGGCGGAGGAGCUGCCUCGAAGGCGGUGUGUGCUUCACCCGGGGGGGCGCUUCAAGACGUGCUGGAACGUGAUGGUGGCGGCGUGUGUGCUGCACGACCUGCUGGUGAUCCCCCUGAACACCUUCUCCUUCCCCCAGAACGUCUUCUGGGACUUGACGAGCUGGUCCGUCCAAGUCUUUUGGAACCUGGACUUCUUCGUGUCGCUCUUCAGCGCCUUCUAUGACGAGGGCGCUCUGGUGAUGAGCUUGCCCCGCAUCGCGGCGCAGUAUGCGCGGACCUGGAUGCUCUUUGAUGUGACCAUGAUCUCUAUGGACUGGUGCUUCAGGAUCAUGGAUAUGGUGGACUCGGAGCAAGCGGAGUCCAUCAUGUGGUCCAAGAGCUUGCGGAUGCUCCGCUUCCUGCGGCUCAUGCGGAUGCUCCGCUGGGUGAAGCUGCGCCGCAUCAACGAGAUCUUCCAGGAGUUCUUCCACUCCCAGGCCGCCAGCCUUUACUACGGGCUCUUUCACAGCAUCGCGACGCUGAUGGUCCUGAACCACCUCAUCGCGUGCGCUUGGUUUGCCACCAGCCACAUGGACGAGAUGAAUUGGGUGACGGACCUUGGGAUCCACAAUGACCCCGCGGAGUACCAGUAUCUCACCUGCAUGAACUGGGCCUUCGCCCAGCUGGGCGUGGGAUCCAGCCCGGCCAAAGCCACCAACAGCCUGGAGAUGGUCUUUUGCAUCGUCAUCGCCUUCAGGUCACUCAUCACGUCCUCCACACUCAUCAGCACAGUGAGCAACCUGAUGGCCGGGCUCAGCAAGAUCAAGGAGGACGAGAACACCGAGUUCCGGCUCCUGCGGUGCUACCUGGCCCAAAACAACAUUCCAAUCGUCUUGGGCCAGAAGAUUACACAUUUUCUGCAGUACCAGUACACACUGAGACAAGAAGCGAGGUCAGCCGACAUGCAGGUGCCGCUGCUGGAGCUCCUGUCUCAGCAGCUGCAGGGGGAGCUGCAGUUCGCGCGCUACGAGGAGUCCCUGGCCAAGCUGCGGCUGGUGGUGGAGCUGCUGGAGUCGGGGGACCGGCAGGUGGUGCACACUUUGUGGCGCGUGGCCGUGCUGGCGGUGGGGCACUGCACGGCGGCGUGCAAGGACCUGGUCUUCCUGGCCGGGAACCAGGCCAAUGCCGCCUACCUGAAGCUCAACGGCAUGCUGACCUAUUCCUCGGAGGAUGGGGACAUGCAGGUGAACGACUCCGGCUGGGUGUCGGAGGCGUGCCUGUGGACCCCCUGGGUCUACCUGGGCGACCUCAUCGCGGAGGAUGUGUCGCGACUGGCGGCUUUGGACGCCGAGGCGUUUGGGGACGCGAUGAGCCAAUGCUACCAGACCCAGCGCGCCGCCUCCAAGUACGCCGCAGCCUUCAUCGCCGCGAUGCGGCAGCGCGGGACCUGGUCGGACGCAUUCUCCCUGGAGCGGUCCACGACCAUCACUCAACAGCCCAAAGAGACGCCCAACAGGUGGGACCGGUGCUGUGCGAUGUUCAAGCAGGCGAAGGUGCAUCAGCAUGAUGGGUUUGAUGGCGUGGAGCCAAAAAAGACGACGAGGAGUGAUGACUAG